GCAUAAGGCGACAGAGGUUCUCUCUCUCUCUCUCUGCGCUCCAUAAAUUGGAAGGAUAGAGCGGCUUUCCUUUGGAUUCCGGUCACCGGAGUAUUGUCGUCGCAGCCAGUUUACCCCGAGAUCUGCCGCCGUCUCGCUGGAGCGGUCAUUUAUUCCAAUCCAUUUACCUGAAUAAGCGAGUUUAUAGAGUUUCCCCGUAGUUUGUCGAAAUUUUAUGGAACUGGUUUCCGGUUGAAGCAGGCGUGGUGAGCUGAUUAGUGGAGUGGGGAGGAGGACGGGUUGAUUUUGGUGUUGGAUUUUGGGGUUUUCACCGGUGUGGAAACCUAAGUUUUGUCUUUCGUUGGAUUCGUUCUUUUUUUAGCAUUGUUUCUGUUCGAUUGUUGAAUUGAAGGGAUUUCUUCGCUAAGCGAGGCUGCAUUGAUUGGAAUCGAGGAUGCUGCAUUGAUUCUGUUUUUAUUGUAUACCAGUUUGUGAAUUGAACAGGACGAGGUGACGAAGGUGUGGUAAUUGAUUUUGUAUAUUUUUUUUUUCUUUUUUUUUUUUGGGUUUCUGUUAAUUGAGAGGAGAGGGAGGGAAGCUUUUGUUUGCUGGAUUACUUAGAUUGGAGACUAGGGUUGCUAAUGUAUGGGGGCGGAGCCAUUUGGGUUCCGGGGAUGUGCAAGCUGGAGAGGUCUGCGCCGGGAUCUGAGUACGAAGAGAGGCCGACGUGUUUGAAGUCAUGCCGCGAGGGGAAGGCAUCUGUAGCGGUGCAGAGGUUUAAGGGUGCGAUGGUGUCGAGGUCGAGGAUGAAGCUGUGGAUGAUCCGUGCGACUACCACCAUAUUGCUGUGGACGUGCGUGGUGCAGCUUACUGCACUGGGGGAGUUGUGGGGUCCGAGGGUUCUGAAGGUCUGGCCCUCCUGCUUCACUCUGUUGGAUUCUCCGCCAUCGCCGGCGAUGAAUCAUCCACCAGUUAUUGCUCAGAAGAUUGUUCUACCACCCAAGAGGGUUUAUAAGAAUAAUGGUUAUUUGAUGGUUUCCUGCAAUGGUGGCCUAAAUCAAAUGCGAGCUGCAAUAUGCGAUAUGGUUGCUAUUGCAAGAUAUUUAAAUGUGACGCUGAUUAUCCCAGAAUUGGAUAAGACAUCUUUCUGGAGUGAUCCUAGUGAGUUUCAAGACAUAUUUGAUGUAGAACAUUUCAUUACUUCAUUGAGGGAUGAAGUCAGGAUAUUAAAAGAGCUUCCUCCUAGAUUAAAACAAAGAGUUGAGCUAGGAAUGUACUUUUCCUUGCCACCUAUUAGUUGGUCCGACAUUUCUUAUUACAAAAAUCAGAUUUUGCCAUUGAUCCAGAAGCACAAGAUUGUUCAUUUGAAUAAAACCGAUUCCAGGCUUGCUAACAAUGGCUUGCCAAUGGAGAUUCAGAAGUUGCGUUGCAGAACAAACUACGCCGCUCUUAGAUUCACUCCACAAAUCGAAGAAUUAGGACGGAGAGUGAUCGGUAUGCUUCGCCGAAAUGGCCCUUUUCUCGUCCUUCAUCUCCGAUACGAAAUGGACAUGUUAGCUUUCUCAGGCUGCACUCAUGGCUGCACUGUGGAGGAGGCUGAGGAGUUGACCAGAAUGAGAUAUGCAUACCCAUGGUGGAAGGAAAAAGUUAUAGACUCUGAACUAAAAAGGAAAGAUGGUCUCUGCCCUUUGACACCAGAGGAAACAGCUCUGAUGCUCAAGGCAUUGGACAUUGAUCCCAGCACCACUAUAUACAUUGCUGCAGGGGAAAUAUAUGCUGGAGCUAGGAGAAUGACUAGUCUAACUGCAGCUUAUCCAUAUGUGGUGAGGAAAGAGACACUUUUGGAGCCAUCAGACCUUAGAUUUUUUCAGAACCACUCUUCACAAAUGGCAGCCUUGGACUAUCUUGUAUCAUUGGAGAGUGACAUAUUUAUUCCUACGUACGAUGGCAACAUGGCCAAGGUGGUUGAAGGUCACAGGAGAUACCUGGGCUUCAGAAAGACUCUUCUCUUGGAUCGUAAGCUUCUCGUGGAGCUGAUAGACCAGUACAACUAUGAUUAUAUUAACUGGGGCGAGUUCUCUUCUUCUGUAAAGGCUGCCCAUGAAGACCGAAUGGGGAAGCCUGUAAGGAGAAGAGUGAUCAUGGAGCGACCAAAGGAAGAGGACUACUUCUAUUCUAACCCUCAGGAAUGUCUCAUUCUUCCCUUUCAGGAUCAGAACUUCAGUUCACAAUGAUCUUCGUUAGAAUUCGACGUGUCUGUUCUCCUCCUCCUCAAUGUGUAAAAUUCUACUCAUUCGCCAAGAGGACUUUGAGCUCCAAUUGCGCUGCUACAUCUCUGAACAGGUAACAAUCUCUUCAAGCAGCUGGUACAUACGGUGAGAUGGUUGUAUUAAUUUAUAUUCUUGAAAUAAGAUUUGAUUAAUGUAUAGAAAAUUCAGUUCAGGCUUUGUAAGCAUGGCGGAUUUUGAAUGUGGGAGAUAGCAAGUUGUUCUGUGCUAUUGAAUACUUUUAGAGAGAAACAAAAUAUUAUUAAGGAAUUUUUUUUAUUUUUACA